ACUAUCAAUAUUGUUUUAUUGAUUUCUACUCUUUUUUUGAAGUUAUUGACUAUAAGAUAUACGAUAAAUGUCAUUGAUUUAUGUAUCGCUUGCCUUCCAAUGGCUUAAAUUUGUCAAUUUUUGGCCUACUCUCAUAGCAUAAGAUAAUGCUACAUUUUUGUCUCAAUGAAGCAAAUUCUGAGGACUUGGAACUUUUUCAUGAAUGGGUCUUAGAACUUUUAAGCAUUCUGUCUGUCUCAUUGACAUUUAAAGAUUUCAGUUUUUGUUAAAUAGCUGCAUGGAUGUUAAACAGAGUGGCUACUGCAGGAGAAUGGUGAGAGGAAGAGAUGCUUGUUGGGAGCACUGUGUCUUGGUUGAUGCUACAAGACAGAAAGUUAGGUGUAACUAUUGCCAUCGUGAGUUCAGUGGAGGGGUUUACAGGAUGAAGUUUCAUCUGGCUCAGAUUAAAAACAAAGACAUAGUCCCAUGUACUGAAGUUCCAGAUGAGGUAAGAGAUUUAAUACACAGCAUUUUAAGCACUCCACGAAACAAGAAAGCUUCCAAGAAGCCAAAGAUUGAUCGGGCGCAGAAUGGUCCCCAAAAUAGUUCCUCUGCUAGUAGUGGUUUCCAUGCCAAUAACGCUAGAUCUAGCGGACAACAUGGAAGCACCUGCCCAUCCUUGUUACUGCCGCGCCCUUCGCCAAGUACACAGCCCCCACUAGAUGAUGCUCAAAAGCAAAAGCAUGAUAAUGCUGAUAAGAAAAUAGCUCUGUUUUUCUUUCACAACUCUAUUCCCUUUAGUGCAUCUAAAUCUAUUCAGUAUCAGGCAAUGGUUGAUGCAAUAGCAGAAUGUGGGGUGGGCUAUAAAGCACCAACUUAUGAGGGGUUGAGAUCAACUCAUUUAGAAAAAGCAAAAAGUGAAAUAAAUGACAACCACAAAAAACUAAGAGAUGAUUGGAGAGAAACAGGUUGCACCAUUUUCUCUGACAGUUGGUCUGACGGGAGGUCCAAAUCACUUUUAGUUUUUUCCGUUGCGUCACCUAAAGGGACCCAAUUUCUAAAAUCAGUUGAUAUCUCAUCCCAUGCAGAUGAUGCUUAUUACUUGUUCGAGUUACUUGAUUCUGUUAUCAUGGAUGUUGGUGUGGAAAAUGUGGUGCAAGUCAUAACAGAUAGUGCAACCAGCUAUGCUUGCACUGGAGGGCUUCUGUUAAAGAAGUAUCCUUCAUUAUUUUUGUCUCCAUGUGCUUCAUAUUGUAUAGAGAAGAUGUUGGAGGAUAUCAGUAAGCAGGACUGGAUGGGUACAGUCUUGGAGGAGGCCAGGACCAUAGCAAGGUAUAUAUACAGUCAUGACUGGAUAUUGAAUAUGAUGAGAAAGUUCACCGGAGGAAAGGAACUAAUCCGGCCAAAGCUUACAAGAUUUGCAACCCAUUUUCUUACCUUACGAUCCAUCAUGAUUCAAGAAGAUAAUCUGAAGCACAUGUUUUCUCAUGCUGAUUGGUUGUCAUCUGUAUACAGUAGAAGACCUGAUGCACAAGCAAUCAGAUCGUUAUUAUUUCUAGAAAGAUUUUGGAAAUCAGCACGUGAAGCUGUUAGCGUGUGUGAGCCUCUUCUUAAAAUUUUGAGGGUUGUAGAUGGUGAUAUGCCAGCUAUGGGAUACAUAUAUGAAGGUAUAGAAAGGGCAAAAUUGGCAAUCAAGAUAUUUUAUAAGGGGUGUGAAGAGAAAUAUUUGCCAAUUUUGGAGAUAAUCGAGAGAAGAUGGAGUGUGCAACCUCAUUCUCAUCUACAUGCAGCUGCAGCUUUCCUUAACCCUUCAAUCUUCUAUAAUCCAAAUUUUAAGUUUGACGCAAAUAUUAGAAAUGGUUUUCAUGCAGCUAUGUGGAAAAUGUUUCCUGAAGAGAAAGAUAAAAUUGAACUUACUAAAGAGCAGCCUGUAUAUUUAAAUGCGCAAGGUGCUCUUGGGAGUGAAUUUGCUAUCAUGGGAAGGACAUUGAAUGCACCAGGUGAUUGGUGGGCUGCAUAUGGUUAUGAGAUUCCCAUAAUGCAGAGGGCUGCAAUGCGGAUACUAAGCCAGCCUUGCAGUUCAUGCUGGUUCAAGUGGAACUGGAGCACUUUUGAGAACUUGCAUACAAAGAAACGUAACAAGAUGGAAUUAGAAAAGCUGAGUGAUUUAGUGUUUGUGCAUUGCAAUCUUCGAUUACAGGCCAUCAGUCAAAAUAGGGAUGGAAAGUGUAAACCUGUUAUAUAUGAUGAAAUAGAUGUAAGUUCUGAGUGGCCAACAGAGUCUGAAUCUUCAUCACUUCUGUUAGAUGAUUCAUGGUUAGACGAUUUACCAUUUGAUUGCAGAAGUACCUCUUCAACUUAUGAAUAAUUUGGAAAGAACUAUGGAAUUCAAGCAGGAAGAAUUUGCACACUUUGGAAGUA